AAGACCAAUCAACGCCUCGUGCCUGGGCAUGGCGUUGAUCCUUCAUUUUCGUCCGGACCUUAGGGCUUCACUGCUAAAUCCUGAAGACAGCCCGACUGUCCCGUGCUGGCGAUGGGGCCAUCGCCCCCAACAAACAUCUUGUUUUUUUCUUAUCCAUCGUUCCUUGUCAUACCCUUAUAUAGAAAAGGCGCCCCCACAUCCAUGUUCCAGUCCCUACCACUGAGCCCUUUUUCCUGGAUUUGACCAGGCAAAGUCCCAACAGCACGAUGUCGAGCCACAACAGAAAAAGUUAUUUGCGCGCUCUUCUUGCAUUAUCGCUGUCGAUCCCAGCCCGGUGCACAACAACCUACUACAUCAACAAAGUAGCAGACUACUCAUCGUUAUCACAAUGUGCAGUCGCCCCGCUCAGCAGCGUCGUCCGGGACAUGGUGUCUGGCUGCGGUGACGGGGGCAAAUACACAUCCUACAGCUGCUUCUGCACCGCCAGCUCCUCCGAGUUCAAUCACAUCAUCUCCUCCGGCGUCGGAUCCAAUUGCGGGACAAACUCAGAGAAUCAGGUCUCGACCGCGUUGGAGGUCUUCCACAGCUACUGCAUGUUCAAUGCGACCGCGACAACGACGACCGAACCAGUGCAGCCUGCCAGCACAUGUACUUACCUCCUUUCUUGUCCUUCAACCGUCCCAUUGAAUCCCACUAACAUGUUCCCAGCGACCACAACAGCAUCGACCCUGUCAGCUACAACUUCUACCACAAGCCCUGCCGCCCCAGCUGCCUCCGUAACAACCACACCCAGCCCUGUCGCCACAUCAACAUCAGAGACCGCCAGCAUCCCAUCCACACCAUCGCCCACCCAGGCCCGAACACCCGCCAGCAAGUCCUCUACUUCGCUAAGCACAGGCAGCAAGGCCGCCAUCGGCGUCUGCGUCCCCGUCGCAGCCAUCAGCCUCGCUGCGGCCGCGUUCCUGCUGGUCCGCAAACGGUCGCGUCGCGCUCAGCGGGACCACAACGGGAUGAUGCUGGGCUCCAGCGCGCCCACCCCGCGCGAGCCCCACAGCCCGACCGAGAUGCGGCCGGAGAUGUGGCAGAGAUACGAGCUGCCGGAGGACGCGAAGCGAAAGAGCACCCACUUGUACGAACUGUCCGGGGAUGGACCGUCGGCUGGGCGGUGA